AUGUCCUUUGUAAAGAAGGCACCUACAAAACAAUGUCCUGAAUGUAAUGUUAAUGAAAUCAGAAGGGCAGAGGAGAGUGAAACUGAGAAGCAAUUUAUUUCUUUAGAAAAGGAAAUAGGACUUCGUGGAAAGGAAAGUUCUAGUAAAGAUCGCAGGAAACAUUCUAAGAAGGAACUUAGUACAGAACGUAAGGGGGUGGGAGUGAAUAAGCACUGCGAAACCGAUGUGAGACUACCUGUAGACGGUGGAAAUGACGUUAUGGGAAUACAAGAGGAUGUUGUAAAUAGACUGAAUCAAAUAAUUUCGGAGACUGGGGUUGAAGGGACGGAAGAGGAAGAAGUAGUAAAUGAUUUAAAUAGUUCUCACGACACCUUGGAAAGGGUUGCAGAAACAAAGAUUAUUCUGGAGAGUGAGAAAUUGGAUAAAUGUUUUGAUUUGCCUAUAGUGGAACGGAUAGUAAAAGCCCCGAUUAAUAAUGAAGUGAGAUAA